CAGCCAUGCCAGGAUCCAUCCCAGCCGUGCCAGAUCCAUCCCAGCCGUGCCAGAGCCAUCCCCAGCCGUGCCAGGAUCCAUCCCAGCCGUGCCAGGAUCCAUCCCAGCCGUGCCAGAUCCAUCCCCAGCCGUGCCAGGAUCCAUCCCAGCCGUGCCAGAUCCAUCCCAGCCGUGCCAGGAUCCAUCCCAGCCGUGCCAGGAUCCAUCCCCAGCCGUGCCAGAUCCAUCCCCAGCCGUGCCAGAUCCAUCCCCAGCCGUGCCAGGAUCCAUCCCAGCCGUGCCAGAGCCAUCCCAGCCGUGCCAGGAUCCAUCCCCAGCCGUGCCAGAUCCAUCCCCAGCCGUGCCAGAUCCAUCCCAGCCGUGCCAGAUCCAUCCCCAGCCGUGCCAGAUCCAUCCCCAGCCGUGCCAGGAUCCAUCCCAGCCGUGCCAGAGCCAUCCCAGCCGUGCCAGAUCCAUCCCAGCCGUGCCAGAUCCAUCCCCAGCCGUGCCAGAGCCAUCCCCAGCCGUGCCAGAUCCAUCCCAGCCGUGCCAGAUCCAUCCCAGCCGUGCCAGGAUCGGUGCCCAGCCGUGCCAGAUCCAUCCCCAGCCGUGCCAGAUCCAUCCCCAGCCGUGCCAGAUCCAUCCCCAGCCGUGCCAGGAUCCAUCCCAGCCGUGCCAGAUCCAUCCCCAGCCGUGCCAGAGCCAUCCCAGCCGUGCCAGAUCCAUCCCAGCCGUGCCAGGAUCCAUCCCCAGCCGUGCCAGAGCCAUCCCCAGCCGUGCCAGGAUCAGUGCCCGCGCUGCCCGGGGCAGUUUGGGGGUGGGGAGGGUUUGGGGGCGCAUUUCCAACUGCCAGGAUGCGGAACUGGAACCAUCAACUGCCAGAACGACCAGUGGAGCCUCUGCAGGUGCUCCAGGAGCUUGGACUGAGCCAGAUGUUCCCUGCCCAGAUGUUUCCUCAGCAGGAGCCGCCCUCAGGGGGAUCCCAGAUGUUCCCUGCCCAGAUGUUCCCUGCCCAGAUGUUUCCUGCCCAGAUGUUCCCUGCCCAGAUGUUUCCUCAGCAGGAGCCGCCCUCAGCAGCCCCCGGGGCGUCGCGAGGGGCGAAGGAGCGGCGAAAACGGCCCCGGAGCGACACGGACGGGGCAGAAAUCCUCAAGGAUGUGUCCGGGUCGGAAAUCCUCGGGGACGUGUCCGGGACAGAAAUCCUCGGGGACGUGUCCGGGACAGAAAUCCUCGGGGACGUGUCCAGGGUGGAAAUCCUCGGGGACGUGUCCGGGAGCGGGACGGGACCGAGCGGGACGGGACCGAGCGGGACGGGGCCGUUCCCAAACCCGCCUGUCCACGUCCCCCUGGCCCGGCUGUUGGAGAUGGAAGAGGAGCUGAUCUGCGCCGAUGAGGUGGACACCGAGUUCGAGUGCGGUGAGCCGGCGGUGCCCGCGGUGCCACCAGCAGUGCCACCAGCAGCGUCCCAGCGCCCCGCCCAGGGCCCGGGGGACAGCGGGUGGCACCGCGUGCCCGCGGGGCUGCGGGCGGCGCUGAGGGACGGCAGCGCCCGGUGGCACCAACGGGAUUUCGCCGCCGCCGCCGCAAAGUUCUCCACGGCCCUGGAGCUUUGCAGCAGAGGUUUCGCUGCCGAGGAUCCCUCGAGAUCCUCUCGGGAUGAGAUUUCCAGGCUCAGCAGCUGGAUCCAGCCAAAACUCGUGGUCUGCUACUUAAAGCUGGGGCAGCCUGGCCUGGCUCUGCUUCACUCCCACAGGAGCAUCGCCCAGAACCCGUCUCACUUCUGCAACCACCUGCGCCAGGCUGCGUGCUUCCGGCGCCUGCGCAGGUACCCCGAGGCUGCCAGGAGCGCCAUGGUGGCGCAUUUUCUGUACGUGCUGAGCGACGCCGCGCGGCCGCGCACCAGCGACCUGCUCCAGCUCUACUGGCAGGCUAUGAUUCAAGAAGCCGUCCGCGAAGAAGUCUCUUUUGCUGUUCUGUACACGCCUUUUGAGAAGGAGAACAAGGCUGAGAAGAUGAAGGAGGCCAAGAAAACCUUUGCUGAGAAGAACCCUGGUUACGUGCAGCACAUAUUCACAGAUCCGCAUGGAACUCACCUGCUGCCGGAGAAGGCGGAAUCCCACCCUGGCCAGCAGUACCUACUGACUCUGGGCUUCAGAGACAAAGAAUUGGGAAAAGCCGUGGAGAAGUUUGUGACUCAGAACCUGCCGGUCUUCCCAGGCCGGAAAAUCCCGUUCAGCCCCGGCACGGGCGGAGAAGCGGAAACGUUCUGGCAGAACGCCGGGAAAAGGAUCAUGGCAGCCGUGGCUUUUGUGGGGAGCUCCAGGAUAAAGGACACGCGUGGCCCCUGUGCCCGCGCCAUCGAGCAGCUCCGCGGUGCCACCCUGCUCAGCCACCUGCAGAACGGGCAGGAACGCGCCCAGGUGGUGGCCCAGGUGAUGGCCCAGGUGAUGGCCCAGGUGGUGGCCGAGCUGGCCACCCUUCCCCACCUGCAGAGAGGCUCUCAGGAGGACGACAGGCUGCUGCAGUCGCUGAUGGAAGAUGCCGCGGACAUCCUGGCAGGAGGAACUGGAGAACGUGUGUGGACCAAAAUCCAGAAGGUGGCGCUAAUUGAGGAGUACCUGAGGGGAGGAGAGGAGCAUCAGGUGAGGACCUCACCUGUGGGAAUGGAGAACAUCAGUCGGGCUCCGAGGCCCCAGAAGUUCCUGAGGCUGCAAAACACGAACGUGCUCAUCCCCAGCCCACGGAGUUUGGUCACCAGGCCAAAAAAACCACGCGUGGUGUUUGCAAAAAGCUGAUUUUGUAGGGAUUUUGUAGCUGUUGAUAUCAAUUUGACAGAUGUUAAUCUUAUUUUGCAUUGUAUUAAUUUCAAAUUGUAUUAAUUUAAAUUGAUAUUGUAGUCAAUUGAGUUUAGCUGUAUAAAUUUAACUUGUGCUAGUUUAAAUGUAAGUGGUGUUAAGUAGUAUUUAUUUGCAUUAAGUUGUAUGAAUUUAAAUUCAGAUUGCAUUCGUUUGUAUUUACUUGUAGCAAUUUUAGGUUGAAUUUAAACUUAUAUUGUAUUAAACUGUAUUUAAGUGUAUAAAUUUAGGUUGUAUCAGUUUAAACUUAAGUGAUAUUAAAUAAUAUUUACUUGCAUUAACCUUAAGUUGUAUGAAUUUAAAUUCAGAUUGUAUUAAUUUGUAUUUAGUUGUAUUAAAGUAUGUAUGAAUUUCAGCUUGUAUUAAAAUAUAUUUGGUUGUAUAAAUAUAUUUGGUUAUAUAGAAUAUAUUUGGUUGUAUAAAAUAUAUUUGGUUGUAUAAAUUUAAGUUGUAUUACUUUAAAUGCUAUUGAACAAUAUUUACUUGCAUUAACAUUAGGUUGUAUGAAUUUAAAUUCUAUAAAAUCUUAUUUAAUUGCAUAAAACUAAGCUGUAUCUGUUUAAAUUUAAAUAAUGUUAAAUAGUAUUUACUUGCGUUAAGUUAUAUGAAGUAAGGCUUACAUUGCAUUAAAUUAGAUUUACUUAUAUUCAUUUCAAGCUGUAUGAAUUUUGAUUUAAAAUGUAUUUAAUGUUGUAGAGCUGUAGAUCCCUCUGAGCUGUAUUUGUUCACGUGUCAGUUGUAGUAAAUUGUAUUUAACGGUAAAAAA